AUGCGCGCGCUCGGCGUCUCGGAGGCCGAGGUGUCGGGCGUGACCCGCGCGCUGCUGGCCGUGCUGCACCUGGGCAACGUGGCCUUCGCCGCGCCGCCGGGCAACUCCGAGGGCUCCGAGGCCGUGGGGCAGGGCGCCUCCGGGGCCUCGCUCGCGCACGCGUGCCGCCUGCUGGGGGUGGAGCCGGCGGGGCUGGGUGGCGCGCUGUGCUGGCAGACGCGCAGGAUGCCCGGCCGCGACGGAGGUGUGAUCUCGAGCCCGCUGCCCGUCGCGAAGGCCUCGGACAGCCGCGACGCCCUGGCGCGCCACCUGUACGGCGCCAUCUUCGGCUUCCUGGUGCGGCGCCUCAACGAGGCCGUCGGCGCCGAGAAGUCGGCGCCCGGCGGGGCAGGCGGGCUGGAGUCCUGCCGGUCCUCCUUCAUAGGCCUCCUGGACAUCUUCGGGUUCGAGCACUUUGAGACCAACUCCUUCGAGCAGCUCUGCAUCAACUUCACCAACGAGCUGCUGCAGCAGUACUUCAACGAGGUGAUCUUCGAUCACGAGGCAGAGCUCUACAGCCGGGAGGGCAUCCCGUGGGACCCCCUGGAUUUCCCCGACAACACCAUGAGCGUCGAGCUCAUCGGCAGCGCGAAGGACGGCCUGCUGACCAUGCUGGACCAGGAGUGCCAGACCGUGGCCGGCAACGCGGAGCAGUGGUGCAGGAAAUUGCAGGGCGCACACAGCACGAGCAAGCUUUUUGGCGUCGUGAGACAGCGGCCGGGCAAUUUCGUCGUGGAGCAUUUCGCUGGUCCGGUGGAGUACACGUCCCAGACAUUCCUCGAGAAGAAUCGGGACGAGCUCAGCGCAGAUCUCGUCAGGUGCGUGAAGGAGGGCUCCGACGAGUUCAUGCGCCAUCGCUUCCUCGAGCACGACCGGCUCUUCGGCACCCAGGAGUCGGUGUCAGUGCAGACGGGCUCCCGACGUGUGGUUGCCGCGAAAAAGUAUUCUGUGUCUGGUGAGUUCCGCGGCCAGCUCAGAGCGCUGAUGCAGCGCAUUCGGACCACGGAGCCCCACUUUGUGCGCUGCAUCAAGCCGAACCCGGAGAACCGAGCAGGCGUCUUCCACCGAUCCUCCGUCGUGCAGCAGCUGCGGUACCAGGGGGUCCUGCAGGCCAUCGAGGUGAGCCGCGCGGGCUACCCGAUGCGCCUGAACCACCGCGAGGGCGUCCUGGACUUCCGCAGCCUGGCGAGGCGAGAGGACAAGGCCCAGCUGGAAGCGCAGGCGCUGUGGGGCCGCUUCAGGACGGCCGCGCAGGUCCUCUUCCAGGGCCUCUCGCAGACCCUGCCGAGCGGCUCCUGGGCGCUCGGCGGGACCCUCCUGUUCCUGAAAAGCGAGAGGGCGUAG